CAACUCACAAUGCUCCAGAACAACCCGGCUCCCAGGCCACUUUCCUUAACUCAUACCUAGGUUCCUGAAGCCUCCGCACAUGUAGUUCCUGGAGUAGCUGCCUUACUAAAAUGUCAACAUCUUCACCAUCGCCUUCUCUCUCGGACCAAAUCUUAGAAAUUCUAUCUCGGAGCACAAUAUGGAAUUGGCUGCAAUCAACAUUAAUGGGAGAGAGUGGUGAACCGCAGCAGACAAAUUAUGGGAUAAUAGAGAAGCUUGCUCCAACUGUGCAAGUUGUCCUGGGGGCUAUCUUUAUAAUGUUGUUGACAAUAGGAAUAUAUGCUUUAUGGAAACGAAGUGUUCGCUCAAUUCAGAAUAUAUUGUUGUUUGCAAUCACACUCUACAAACUUUACAAGAAGGGAACAGAUUUUUUUCAGGCUUUGCUGCUUAACCCAGAAGGUACUGGUCUCCCAGUUCAAGACAAAAAUAAUGUCUUCCUGUCCUUGGGGCUACAAGAAAAAAUUUUGAGAAAACUUCAGACAGUGGAAAACAAGGUGAAGGACCUGGAGGGAAUGAUUAUUUCCCAAAAACCCACCAUGAAGAAGGACUGUUCUGCUGAGCCCUACUGCAGCUGCUCUGACUGCCAGAGUCCCUUGCACACAUCCGGGUUCACAUCCACAUCUGAAAUGUAACGGACGCCAAGCUUUUCCAGAAAAGUACUGUUUCCUCAUGUGUGUGGUAGUGUAUCAAUAAAGGUAGAGAACUAUAUUGAAAUUACAAG